GCUUUGCAAAUGUUUCACAUGGAUGCGGAGAACAAGCAGAAUUACUUUUCUGUCCGAUGGACGCAAACGCAUCGUCAGUUCACAUCCUCUGACGUCAUGACGUUUUCAGUGUUUGUUUUCCGCGCCGCUUUGAGCUCCAUCGAGCCGAUAUGGAAAUAUCCAGCAGCGACUGUAAACCGGAGGAAGUGCCGUUAGACGAGGGCGUGGAGACAGAGAGAUCCAUGUCCCGCUCCGACAGUGGCAGUGGAGAUGAUUCCUUGGACGGGGUCAUGAACUGCAUCCCCCGCUGCCCUCUGACGCCGUCCCUGUCGCCGGGGAAGCGAACUACAAGUGGGUCCAAAUCUAUGCCUCCUCUGCUGAGGACCAACAAGCGGACGAUCUACACCGCCGGCAGGCCGCCGUGGUACAACGUCACCGGGACGACCUUCAAAGAGGCCUUUGUUAUCGGCCUGUGUGGAGGAAGUGCGUCUGGUAAAACCACAGUAGCCAAUAAGAUCAUUGAAGCUCUGGACGUUCCCUGGGUGGUUCUGCUCUCCAUGGACUCCUUCUACAAGGUGCUGAGUAAAGAGGAGCAGGAGCUGGCAGCCAAGAACGAGUACAACUUCGAUCACCCCGACGCCUUCGACUUUGAACUGCUCGUCAACGUCCUGCGUAAACUGAAGAAAGGCAAGAGCAUCAAAGUCCCCGUGUACGAUUUCACGUCUCACUGCAGACGGAAGGAGUGGAAAACUGUGUACGGAGCCAAUGUGGUCGUCUUCGAAGGAAUCCUGGCCUUCGCCAACAAGGAGCUCCUGAAGCUCCUGGACAUGAAGGUGUUCGUGGACACAGACUCAGACAUCCGACUCAUACGGCGGCUGAAGAGGGACAUUUCCCACCGCGGCCGUGACAUCAGCGGCAUCAUCAAGCAGUACAACAAGUUUGUGAAGCCCGCGUUUGAGCAGUACAUCGAGCCCACGGUGCAGGUGGCCGACAUCGUGGUGCCCAGAGGUGGUGACAACUUUGUAGCCUUGGAUCUGAUUGUUCAGCACGUUCACAGUCAGCUGGAGAAGCGUGAGAUCACUGUGAGGUCAGCUCUGGCCUCGGCUCAUCAGGGCCAACCUCUACCCACAACCCUCACCGUCAUGGAGUGCACGCCGCAGGUCCGUGGCAUGCACACCAUCAUCAGGAACAAGGAGACGAACCGUGACGAGUUCAUCUUCUACUCCAAGAGAUUAAUGAGGCUGUUGAUUGAACAGGCGCUCUCCUUCCUGCCUCUGAAGCCGCUGAGUGUGGAAACCCCUCAGGGCGGGGUCUACCACGGCAGAGGGCUGAGUGGGAAACGAAUCACCGGCGUGUCCAUCCUCAGGGCAGGAGAGACCAUGGAGCAGGCUCUGAGAGCUGUGUGUAAGGACAUCCGCCUGGGGAAGAUCCUCAUCCAGACCAACCACGACACUGGAGAUCCAGAGCUCCACUACCUCCGUCUGCCCAGAGACAUCAGCGAGGACUACGUCAUCCUGAUGGACAGCACCGUGUCCACAGGAGCAGCUGCUCUCAUGGCCGUCAGAGUGCUGCUGGACCACGACGUACCCGAGGACAAGAUCUUCCUGCUGUCGCUGCUGAUGGCAGAGAUGGGCGUCCACUCCGUGGCCUACGCCUUCCCUAAAGUCCGCAUCAUCACCACAGCGGUGGACAAGGAGGUCAACGACCAGUUCCACAUCAUUCCAGGCAUCGGUAAUUUUGGGGACCGUUACUUCGGCACCGACGCCCCCUCAGACUGGUGUGAGAGUGACGAGGGGAUGGACAUCUGAAGUCAGGACCAAUCAGGGACCAGGAUGUUUGGUCACAGACACAGAAAACAAAUGGACCUGCUCCUUUAAAAUUAUUAUUUUUUAUUCUGAUCUGAGGUCUGUGCUGGUCGGCUCUCCUCCUGUUAGUGACGUGACGAUGCACAAACUCUGAACUGAGAUCAGUUUUAGAUCAACAGUGACGUUGGAAACUCUGGAAGUUUCUCUCUGUCGUUCAAAUGGACAGUGGAGCAGGAGCAGCAGGAGCAGCAGGAGGAGCAGGAGGAGCAGGAGCAGGAGGAGCAGCAGGAGCAGGAGGAGCAGCAGGAGCAGGAGGAGCAGGAGCCUCCUCCUCUUGAACAUGAACACAUUUUAAUAGAACCAGCAGGAGAACCUUGAGGAUCAGUGUUCUGCUCCAGGUCGUUCUCAGGUCACUCUGUGAAGCUGUUCACGUUUGUUGAUCGGCUUCACCGAACAUUUAACUUGAAAAACCUCUGCUGCUAACCUUUGCGUUUCCAUAGUAACAGAGGCUGUGUGUUCCGUUUCCUGUCCGAGAUUUAACACCACGGACGUUCCGUCUCAGCACUUAGUCCCGUUCUAACUGUCUUCUAACAGAAGGUCUUGAUUCUUUCAUUAGCAGAAGAGACUGAUCCGCUCCGUGGAGGAAAGCUGGUUCUGCUGAUGUUCUAUAUUUUUAUGAUAAUGUUUUUAAUUAUUUAUUCUUGUUGUCUUAGUGUCUCCAUCAUUUUGUUAACUGAGAAGUGGAACGUUACCGUCUGUAGUUUCAGUCACAGUUGUGUGUUUGACACCGAUUCAGUUUCACCUCAAACUAAAUAUGACAAUAUUUUAUGUCAACAAAAAAGUACUUUGCAAAAAUUUAUCUGUGACAUUGACUAGAUUUUUACUAAUUUCUCUUCACAAUAAGCAAUAGCGCCCCUGGUGGUUACGGUAAUCAAUUAUACAACUGUUUCUUAUUUUCAGUAGCACAAAGAUGUCUACCUCAAACCGGGUUUAUUUACACUGCAUAUUUAGUUACACAUUGAGGUCCAUUGUGUCAGAAACAGUGACACCUACUGACGAGACUAAGUCUUAAUUGUAUUUUUGCUGCUACAAUACAGUAUUUAAUACCAUGCGAGUGUUACUUGUUACAUGUGGAACCGUUAAGAAUCAGCAGUGAAGGCUGUGUCACCUUCAGGUUCUCCAGAACUUUUUACUGUCAUUACUGAAAGAGAUGCAAACGUGGACUGAAGGCAAAUGUUGUUAAAACUAUUGAAAUAACUUGAACUCUAACUGUUUCUGUUAUCUGUACUGUGUGUCACUCUGUUAGCAGUUAGCACCUCCUCCACCUCAGUAUGACUGACAAUAAAAAUCUGUUCACUUUUA